AUGGGGAUCAAAUUUCUGGAACUCAUUAAGCCCUUCUGUGCUGUUUUACCUGAAAUCCAGAAGCCUGAAAGAAAAAUUCAAUUCAGAGAAAAGGUUUUGUGGACAGCGAUCACCCUCUUCAUUUUUUUAGUAUGCUGCCAGAUACCGUUAUUUGGAAUAAUGUCCUCAGACUCUGCAGAUCCUUUCUAUUGGAUGAGGGUCAUUCUUGCAUCAAACAGAGGCACUUUAAUGGAGUUGGGUAUCUCUCCUAUUGUGACUUCUGGCUUAAUUAUGCAGCUGCUGGCUGGAGCCAAGAUCAUUGAAGUUGGCGAUACACCAAAAGAUCGAGCUCUGUUCAAUGGUGCUCAGAAGUUGUUUGGAAUGAUUAUUACUAUUGGGCAAGCAAUUGUAUAUGUCAUGACUGGGAUGUACGGGGAUCCUUCUGAGAUGGGGGCUGGAAUCUGUCUCCUGAUUAUAAUCCAGGUAAAUUCUUUCUUGCUAAUGCUUCCUGAUAUGUUUGUAUAGCUUUCAAUAUAUCUGUGGGGUGAGGAGGCAGGGAGAGUUUAAUACUAGACUCAGCAAGUUUGGAAGAUUUGAAAGCUGCAAAUAUAUAUUCCAAGACCUACAGUGCUAUUAUGUACAGAAGGCUUAAGUAGUUUUUGAUGGCAUGAUGGUCCUUUCGGAGACAAUCCUUCUUCACAAAAAGCCUUCAGCUCACUGAGUCAUUGUGGGUUCUUCUGUUCGUUGGGAUGAAAUCAAACACUUUCAUCCAGUGAUGGGAGCCUUCUGUUGGUAUGGGUAUCCGGGGAGAAGAUGGGCAAAUACUUCCUCUGUAAUUUCCCAUGCUUCACUAAAAUCUUCUCAGGAGUCUCACUCAUCUUCCAGAAGAGAUCUGGACAAGGUGGAGCACUGUUGGAAUCACUGGACAAUUUUGUCCUUGCCUUGCUGUCCAAAA